UCGAAUCGUGUUGCGUGUGAAAUGAAUGGAUGAUUGCGUUCGUAUCAAGCUGUGCUCCUACUCCAACUUCAUCCAUUAAAACUGCUAGAAAAAUCCUCUUCAUAAGUGCAGAAAAGUGUUGUCCUCCUGGAAGUUUGUGUUGUAUUGUCUAAUUACAAGUUCGUUUCACAUGUUGCGAUAGUUUUCCGGGAUGCAAAGCAGUGUUGAGAUGUGUAUUUCAUGAUUUUUUAAUUUUCCAUGAACGAGAAAAAUCCAAAGUAUGCUGCUGCUGGCGAUGUGAAAUGUUGAAGCGUGAAAAAGAGAAAGCACUAACGAAGCAAGGCACUGCCUAUUGUUUGCCAGAAGAGGAAGAAAAUUCGAGCAUCUAUACAUAGAAGGUGAAAGAGUUAGUGAAACAAGUGUGUUAGUGACAGCUGGCUUCCAUUGGUUAUGUAUGGGUGUAUAGAAUUUGUGAUAGCUGCUGCUUGUGUUCCAUUGUGCAUUGCGUUUUCUCAAAAGAAAAUUCGAUUUUUAUGAAAAUUUGCUUAUGCUUGAUUGAGGAAAGCGACGAUAGUUAUUUAAAUCAACUUUCUGUGCAAAAAGUGACGGAUUUGCAGUUCAAUUCGACAAGAUUGGAUUACAGCGACUGGCGGAUAAUGGAAAUCAAUUAAUAGCAUUCCAUAUGGCACGAGAAGGGCAAACGUCUGCUGGCAGACAUAUAGGUACACAUUAGUCAACAUAAGUCAUUAGGACUACUAAUGUGAUCUAGCAUCACAGGAUAGUACGCAUCGAAUAUUGGUUUCUCAGUGGCUAUGUAAUACAAACACCUGCCAAUUAGACCGUAACGAUGGAGACUGGUGACACGGCAACCCUUCCUAUGGGUACUUCAAUACCUGCCCUUGUUCGUCCAAACACGUUGCUGCCGCCCGAGAAAGAACCGGUACACUUCCAAAUCAACCUUAUUGGAGCACCACCCGAAGUAGAACAGCUGAUCGAGCAUAUCAAGGCCGUUGCGGAACAAUUUCUUUACCAUUGGAAAACUUUCCCUAUCAAUUUGCCUACUCCUCUUUCAAUCAGUCCAGGAGGAGGUGUAGGUAAUGGCGGUGGAGGUGGAAUGGAGAGCAGAGGUGCAAUCGUUGCUAGUAACAAUAACACGGCCAGCACCAAUCGGAAGUCACGCCCGAUCAAUUUGCGUGAUCUUUUCAUUGCACCACCGUUCGACGAACUGGAUGCAGUUGCGGCAGAUGGCACGGGUGAACCUCGGCUGCUCAACAAUGCUCAACUGCGUUCGCUGCGUGAGAGAGGCUUGCAAAAGGACAAAUUUGGCAAACCGAAGAAAUUAAAUUUGGAACAAUUGGAUUCGAUACAGUUGACAGGUGAGUUCGAGGUACCCAGCUUGAACUUCCCUGGUCAGAUGCACCGCUGGAGAUUGUCACAGAUUCUGCAGAAAGGAUCGGAACGGACUCGUGAUUCGUUGCUCGGUGAUCUUGCCAUGUCGGCUCGAUUCCUAGUCAUUAGCGCCAUGGGAAGGCUGUUUGGUCAUUUCUUCUCAGUUGCUCAUGCCGCUCAUGCCCUGUUGCAAGGGUUAAUCAAACUGGUCGAUAUGGUGAUCGGCGUUCCGUCUCUAUUGGCGCAAAAUCUAGAUAAUAAGAUUAAGGAGGAAAGAUGUCGUUUUUUGGUAGCUGAACUAGUUUGUAGAAACGAGUACGAAGACUGUUUGGAUGCGCUUUGCAGUUACGUACGGCAUCAACUUCGGCGAGCCAACAUGGAGAAAUUUGACGUCAAUUGUCAACAAGCACAGCCCGUACCAUACUUGUACGUAACACCCAAAGGGCAGGAUAUUGAUUUACGGCUAUUUUCCAAAGAUAUUAUGCGCAAAGCACUGCCCAUAUUGGUUGGAAUACUGGAGAAGGAAACACGUGGAUGGUUUCUUCAUUUUCGCGAGCGUUUGAUUUCUGAGCUGCGGGAACGAAAAAUGACCGAUGCUGAAAUCGAAGAGGAAGUCAACGAUGCGGUGAUGAAGGAAUACUUGCAACGGGUCUAUACGUCUAUACUAUCGAAUAGUGAUUUAGCAGGGUUAGGGGAAAAUGUACCUCAGCUGCUGGUGCAACAAGCUCAAUCGGUCGUUAUUAUGCACAAGGCUGUCGAUAAAAUACAGAAAGAGCUAAAAAAAUCCAGUGAUGAACAUCGUAAACUUCUGCAGGAACAACAUCCUGUUCUAUCACGCAUUUCUCCCUGGUUACGUGCGAAACUUGAAGCCGGAGAGCAAACGAAGCUAUCGAAAAUUACCUGGGGAGCCCACGAGGAAGCACUAAAGAUUGCACAAAAGCACAAUCUGCACCAGUCGGUGUAUUUUCUUACACGGGAUAUGGCAUUCAUGAAGGAGCGGGAGCCGGUUCUCCUAAAAGAAUUGAAAAACGCCAAAACCCCUACACGCAACUUCCAGUGGGCUUGUCGGAUAUGGUCUCCGAAGUCGUGGAUCAUCCGACGUAGCUUCCAGGGACAUUCGGAAGUAAUACCAACGGUCAUAACUCAACAGGCCACAUCGAUAGUUACCCCCCGCUCGGAUCCUAGUCAACCAGUGUUCCUUGUCGAAAAAGAACUCGUACGCUCUACGAGCACCCGAUGGCCAAUGUGGCGUCUGUUGAACCUUUUCCAGCGUACCUGGACUUGGACAUGGAAUAUGAUGUUUUUACUCGGUGUGAUCGUACCCUGGGAUAGUCCAUUGGGGCUGCGUGCUCUCUUUUGUGUUAAGCCUUUUAUGGCCGAUUUGGAACUAUCUCAGGUGAACGGCACACUGUUCCCUCGGAAAACUAGCAUCACUCAAACGAUGUGCUCACGAUUGGUAGAAUUGUGGAGGCAUAUUUCAAAGGCCCGUACGCACUUCGAAACGGAACCAGAUACCGGAUUCAUUGGUAAAGGCAUGACGCGGCAUUUAAACCGAUUGUUUAACUACUUUAUUAAAGGCUUUCUUGGCUCACUGGUCAUACUGACCCUGUUUCCGCUGCUAUGUGUUAGUGUUAGUGUCAGUAGCAUUGCAUUUGCGAUCGCAGCACCGCUAUGGAUGCCUUUCAUUACCGUUACCUUGCAUGUGUAUAUGAUGAUGGUCUACGAUCUGGACUGUCCGGACGAGAGUCGUCGGAAUCGGCACUGCAUCUUCUUGGAGGCUGUCGGAUGGAACAUAAUAAUGCAGGGACUUGUCCAGCCUGUUGUCGCACUGAUGGUAGCAUCAGUAAUCUGUCCUGCUGUGUCGAUCAUUGUUCUGUUUGUGGGAGUGGCACGAUACUGGCUACGACUUUUCUGGGAUGCCCUAACAUUUCAUUUAUUCAUUAAGAAAUGUGGGCGCGUUCCGGCUAGUGAUAGCUUUGCUGUUAAGCGUAUUACAGGACCUGGUUUGGCUUUGGAUUACUACUUCUCCAUAAAACCUGAACAAGCCCUGGCUGCAUUCGAGGCCAAGAUGGAGCUCGAUGAGUUACAGGCCUACCAACACUCAAUGGAAACCGUCAUCUGUCAGCCGCAGAAAGACUUCAGUCAAUUUGUGGAAGCCUGUUUCGGUCCAUUUUCGGCGCAACUUUCUAAAACGGUCGGUCCCUACCGGCAGUUGGAACGUGAAGGCCAAGAUCUUAUGACGUCCUUGCACGAAAAGCUAGAGAAACGGCGCCGAGAUCUUCAAACCGGACUUACGACCGCCGUCAAGUCGAGAAUCAAACUGAACACGAUGGAACUAAAAAUCGUUAUUCAGCAGUCGGCUUACAUGUUGGAGAAGUUUUGUCCGGCCCAUGUCAUAGCACGGCUGUCGAUAAGCGAGGAUGAGUUCUGGGAUGCUAAGGGUCUCUCAGUGGGUGAUUGGGCAGGUCUAGCCGGGAUGCUGUAUGCCGACAUAUUUAGUUUGGACUUUCUGACGCCACUUUCGGAAAGUGAUACACAAUUCAAGCUGGAACCACACACACAGUUGGACUUGUCUCGUUACACUGAAAUGGUACAAAACACUAGUGAUAUAAUGGGCAUCAACGGGCCAGACCUCCUGGGCAAUGUGUACGCUCCACGUGGCAAUAUCCAAGUUCAUUCGCCAUACCUGGAAGUUUCUGCUUUCAAUCCCCGUUCACGGGUCAUGAUCAACUCCAGAAGAGCUGAGAAGAGAAAUGACACUUCUUCUGGUCUAACAACACCUCGUGUAAGAGCUCGUCGUUCGCCGAUUCCGACGCAGAAGUCACGAAAAAGUUGGAAACCGUGGAAGCGAAAACAAGUGGAAACUCACGCUUCAGAUAAACUGCUGAUUCCACUUCCGAUACCACAUCCCGUACAUAUAGCCAUAUCAAUCUACAACCGUGAUUCGGAUCAUCCUAUCCCGAUCGAGUCGGACAUUUGCUGGGAUAUUCUACGGUCGAUAGAGGAAUGUCAGGGUGAUUUGGAAGCACUAAUCCGUUUUAAAGAAUCCGGAGGCGAUGGGAAUCGUUCGGUUGGGAUUAGCGUAGAUGGAUUGGCCGCGAUUGAUUCCAGUAUCGAUUCACUGGAUUCAAACUCUUCCAAUUCUGGGACCAAGGAUAGUAUGGAUAUGAUAGCCGGUGCCAGUGAAACGUUACCUUGUACGAAUCGUGAAGUUACGAUUAUAAUGCCAUCUACUACGCUAGGUGAUGCGGGCAAUACCGAUAAGGCUGCGGAACAUGAAAGUGAGGAAGCGACUGGUAAUCAAACUCCGUCUGCUCCCACCCAUUUCCAUUGGACACUUAGAUACUGGGGAGGCGCUAAUGGAAAUCAAACGGCAGCAGCUAAUCGCCGCAGAAAUACCAGUUACACAUAUAGCAGCAGCACUAGUGGUGGACCGGGUAAUAUAAACAGCGCUAGCACCAAUUCUCAGAAUGAUGCCCAGCUGGAGCAAAUUCGAGUCGAUUUGGCCAGCCCGGAAGAUAUCUCACUUGAUACCGAUAGCUCUCGUGCCGUUUUCAGUGCGGCGUAUGGAACAACUGUUUGAAAGUAUGGCAGUUUAAGCAACACACUUGGGAGCUGAAAUUUGUAUUUGUGAUAUAAGUUACAGAUCUACUUUUUAAAUGUUCUGUUCAAAUCGUAAAGCAAAUUGCGUGAAAAAUGCACACAUCCAUUUUAAAUAAUUUUAUUUUCUUUUAUAUAUUUAAUGUUGUAUAUAGGAUGUUUAUUUUAAUAUGGAAAGGACAAAGUCAUUUUUAUCUUAUUUUAAUGUCUGCAAAUUAGUUCAUCUAGUCUAACUUAUAAUCACAAACGAAAACAUUUCCUUAAAUCUGUUGCUCUUGUUUCUUAUUGUUUAUUUUAACAAAUUUCUCGUACCUACCAUGAUUCCGUACGUAUCGCUAGUGUACGUGUUCUUAUUUUUCAAUAUAUUUAAACUAUUUAUGCUGCUAUAUUCGUCGUAAAUCGAUAGACACAAUAUAUUUACAGAUUACUUUGAGAAGUUUCUCAAAAGCUCGAUGUUCUGGGAAAUGGAUUCGAACAAGAAUGGCAUUUACUAAUUGAUGUAAACCAAAUCACGUACCGAUAAAUCAAGUAAAGUAACGCUAGGCUAAAUUGAAGCUCGUCUAAUUACUAAUGUAUGAGAAGAAACAUAGAUUUUUUUAUAUACUUAGCGAAUAAAACACAGUUGAUCUGCCCGUAACAUUAAGUAGACUUUAAUGGAAAAGUAUCAUUGAGAUUUUCUCACUACGUCACCUUUUGUCGAAUCUCUUGUUUAAUUGUAUUUCACAGGGAAUGAACCUGGCACAUGUUGUUUUCUCCCUAAUUUUAAAUUAUUUGAAACGUCUUCAGAAUUCCAGGCCAUAUCAUUCCUCUUUAUUAGUCAGAAUUCAAUAAAUAACUAUUGGUUUUCUCUAUAAACAUUCUCAGUAAAACUAGCAAAGAAGAUAAAAAUGAAACAAUAACCUCAAUAGUUAAGAUCUACUUAAUACCGGAAUCUACAAUUUGAAUUAGCGUAACUUGGAAGUGAACUCGUUAUACUUCAUCUACAAAUCUAGAUCUAUAAGACACGGUAACUGACAAAGUAAUUAUUAAAGCAAAAUCGCAACAAUUGACAAUUUGUAAUCGCUGAUCCGCUUCAAUGGUAAAGAACCGUCGUCGUAAAAUUGCUGAAAAAAUGAAUGCGAACGUGUGCUCUCUCUAUUCAUUCUCUAAAUCGUGUAUGUUUUAAUUGUUAAGCGUUUUGGUUUGUAGCUGCAUGACUCCCUUGAAUCUACAGAAUAAAAAUCUUGUUUUAAUUUUUCUUUUUGAAAAUCUGGCCAACGCCAAAGAUACUAGGAAUAGAAAGCCAGAUAUCGAGCAAGUUUCCUUUCAAGAAAAUAAAAAUAUUUAUUUACAUAGCCUUUCACAGAAAUCUCCGUUUUAUCCGGCUUGAAUGUAGCUUUUACCGCGCAGCAAUACACGUCUAGCAGCUAUUAUUAUAGGCAUAUCGUUACUUCUGCAUGCCUGUUAGUGUACAUACAAAGGAAUUAUACCUACUAACCACCCACAGAAGAGUACUUUCUUUAUGGAUCUGAUUUCAUCGAGAAAUAAAUAAAGUCAUCAUAUCGAUGAACAGUUUGCGACUAAACAAAUGUAA